AUGUUCCGUAAAAAAUAUUCGCGAGAUAAUUCCGGACGUUAUGUAGUUCCUUUAUUAUUUCGCCAACCGGUGGCAGACACCACCUUUGCAGGUUCGCGUACGGUAGCGCUCAAACGGUUUGAGUCACUUGAACGCAAGCUCGCGUCCGACAGCCGCCUACGGGAGGCGUAUUGUAAUUUCAUGGCAGAGUACAUCUCGUUAGGUCACAUGUCUUUAGCAAAAACCGAGGGGUUAUACUUUAUCCCCCACCAUGCGGUGUUCAAGUCUUCUGACGUCGAAGCGAAAAUUCGCGUUGUAUUUGAUGCAUCUGCGCAAUCAUGUGCGAGCGCUUCGCUCAAUCAGUGCUUAUUCUCGGGUCCCAAACUGCAACAGGACGUGAUAGAUGUUCUCGUAUUAUUUCGCCUAUCGCGUCAUGCAUUUACGGCAGAUAUAAACAAAAUGUACCGACAAAUUUUAGUGGACCCUGAACACAGACGUUAUCAGCACAUUUUAUGGCGCGCAUCCCCGCAAGAUGCACUCGAAGAAUACGAGCUAAAUACCGUUACAUACGGGGUAAACUGUGCCCCUUUCCUCGCCAUUCGGGUUCUCCACCAUAUCGCCGAACAUGAUUGUACUGAUGUCCCCGCUGUUCGUGACGCGUUAUUAUUCAGUACAUAUGUAGAUGACAUUUGUGUCGGAGGGGAUACCGUAACCGAGGCGCUCUCACUUCAGCGUGAUUUAAUAAACAUAUUAAAACAGUCCGGUAUGAGUCUAAAAAAAUGGUCGAGCAACACCAUCGAGGUAUUACAACAGGUGCCCUCUGAGGAUCAAGCAUGCGGGUUAUUAUCAUUUGAUGAUGAAACUGGUGGGGGUACUAAAGUUUUGGGACUCCAAUGGUCGCAACGGGAUGACACUUUUAGAUAUGCCUGUCAGUCCGAAAACCUAAUAACAACUAAGCGAGGCAUGUUAUCAUUAAUUGCGCGCAUAUUUGACCCGCUCGGCUUAUUGGCGCCCGUAAUAUUUUUAGCAAAACAUUUAAUGCAGCGCGUGUGGCAACUCGGUAUUUCUUGGGAUGAACAGCUGCCCCCCGAAAUACUUGACGUAUGGAAUAAGUUUGUGGCGGAUCUCCCGAUUUUACAAAAAAUAAACAUUCCGCGAUUUAUUGGUACUCAUUCCGGUAUCCAAGGUCACUUAUGCGGGUUUUGUGACGCGUCUAAAAAGGGUUUUUCGGCCGUCGUAUAUUUAAGACUUCGCAGUCGUUCUGGACCAGUAAUUUCUCUGUUAGGUGCAAAAACGAAGAUGGCCCCAACUAAGGCCUCAACGAUUCCACGGUUGGAACUUUGUGCCGCCGUUUUGUUAGCUCGUUGGAUGGCCCGGCUUAAAUUCACCCUUGAGCGCAAAAUUAAAAUUACUCAAAGUUAUGCCUGGUCAGACUCGACUACCGUGUUAAGCUGGCUUAAAUUACCUCAUGAUAGCUUUAAAAUUUUUGUGUCAAAUCGGGCACACAAAGUGACGACGUUGCUCCCCGCCUGCAAUUGGAAUUAUAUACCAUCGACUAGUAACCCUGCAGAUUGUGCGUCACGUGGUAUUUUCCCUGCUGAGCUAGUAAACCAUGAACUAUACUGGGGUGGGCCGGACGUUUUAUAUCGUGAUGAAACUGAAUGGUUGACGUUAGGUCCGAAGUUACUCACUGACGGUUUACCGGAGAUGAAAACCUCUCCAUUAACGACGCUUAUCACCAAUAAUAAGGACCCUCCCGAACCUGAGUGGUACGUGCGGUUCUCGUCUUACAUUCAUAUGAUUCGUGUUAUCGCUCGUAUGUAUAGGUUUAUCAAUGGCUGUAGACGUCUAGCGCAUAAAACCGAUUUUUUAUCACGUACUGAAUUGGACCACGCCGCCGUGGUCGUUGUAAAAUGUUCUCAACGAAUCGCAUUUGGCAAAUUGUUUCACGAUCUCUCAAACAAUCUUCCGAUCAGCGUCAAACCAGUGGCACGUCUUCGUCCGUUUAUAGAUCCCCGCGGGUUAAUUUGUGUAGGCGGCCGUUUGUUAAAUGCCGAUAUACCUAAUACACAGAAACACCCGAUUUUAUUAAGCAAAUCAUCCCACAUAUCGUUUUUAUUGAUUCGCCAUUGGCACGAUAUCACCGGUCAUGGGGGGCCGAGAAUUCUGACAUCUCUUAUUAACCGUUCAUACUGGAUUCUAUCGCUUAAUACCCUUAUCAGAACCGUUCUUAACAAAUGCCUCACUUGCGUCCGUUUAGUGUCCGUCAAUCCACAACCGGUCAUGUCCGAUCUCCCUACAUCUCGUGUGACAGAGUGCCAUCCGUUCUCGCGGGUCGGUAUUGAUUUCGCUGGUCCCUUAGUGAUGACCGAACACCGGUGGCGUAAGGCCCGUCAAUACAAGGUGUAUAUAGCUGUAUUCGUUUGUUUCGUGGUAAAAGCAGUUCACCUUGAAUAUGUGUCGGAUCUAACGACAGACGCAUUUCUGGCAGCCUUACAACGUUUUGUUGCUCGUCGUGGUCUCCCUACCGACAUUUAUACCGACUGCGGCACUAAUUUUGUGGGAGCCUCAAACUUAUUACGUACGUUGGUUGACGAUCCCAGCUGUAAAGAUCGUCUGGUUGCUAAAUUCCACUGUACGUGGCAUUUUAACCCACCCGGGGCGCCCCACUUCGGGGGAUUAUGGGAGGCGGCCGUGCGAUCUGCCAAAAACCUGAUGGUACGAAUAAUGGGAGAACAUAAGUUUACGCUUGAGGAACUUUGCACAUUAUUGUGCCGUAUAGAGGCUAUUCUUAAUUCGCGUCCCUUGGUACCACUUUCGUCGGACCCAUCUGAGUACGACUGUCUCACACCCGGUCAUUUUUUAAUAGGCCGUCCGUUACUUUCGGUUCCUGACGUGCACGCAGUUGACACGGCACGCCCAUUAGUCCAGCGCUGGAAGUUGCUUAACCAAUCCACCCAAUCAUUUUGGCGCCACUGGCACAACGGAUACCUAAACUCGUUGCAAACGCGUAAUCGUUGGACACACGAUGUGACCAAUCUUGCAGUCAAUGACAUGGUUGUUGUUAAAGAGCCAAAUGUACCACCGCUACGUUGGCGCAUGGCGCGUGUUGAACAAGUGUUUCCCGGAACGGAUGGUGUAGUGCGUGUAGUCAACUUGCGUACCGCAACUGGCACACUUACACGUCCGGUGGUAAAGGUUGUAAAACUACCAAAAUGGAAAAUUUGGAAAACAAAUUUUGUGAAACAUUUUCAAGCAAAGGUUGAACCAGUAACUUAUGCAUUAUUAUACAAAUACAGAGAUGGUUCGUUACUGGACUAUGCAAUAAAAAAAGAAAAGCUUUUGUUGGAUAUGAGAAGAACAAUUGAUACAGGUACCUUGAUAGAUCUUAUUGCAGCUGGUUUACCAGAGUUUAUACUUAAUAGAAUUGAUAGAGAGGUAUUAAAAGACACUGUGGAUUUGUUUAGUGAAAUCAGCAACUAUGAACACAUGGUAAUAAAAAAAAAAAGUUUUUUUGAGAAAAAAAAAAUUCCAAGCAUGACCCAUAAAGAAAAAAGUGAAGAAAAAAAACCAUGUAAACAUUGUGAAAAACUUAAUAAAGGCACUCGUUACCAUCCUGAAUCAGUAUGUUGGUUCAACACAAGAGAAAAUGAUAGAGAGAAAAAAAAUUACAUCAAACAUUCAAUUUUUGCAAAUGACAAAUACGACAUUGGUACAGUGAGAGAAUAUGAGGCACGUAUUGAUCUAACAGUUGACAAAUACUGUAGUAAAAGACCUUAUAGAUGCUCCGUAGAAGAUAAAAAGGAGAUAGAAGAACAAAUAUCAAAAUUACUUGAAAAAAAACUCAUUGAAGUAUCUUACAGUCCAUUUGCUGCACCAGUAACAUAA